CUUGCACAGCAUCCGCGUCUCCACACUUCGUCCAAGAAGACGUCUGUGCAGAACUGCCAUCUUUAUUCUUUUGGAACCAGCCUUGGCCUCACGCCACAUCCCAGCAUGUCUUUUGCAUUCAUUGGCAUGAUGAUAGUUCUUGGCUUUUCGAAGACAACUGCAUUUGUCCUGCAUCGAUCCAAUGAGGAGCCUACAGCCCCUGCUAUUUCUUCAUUGUCUCAUCAAAGGUGCAAGGACGAGUCAUUGCAGUCAGUCAGGAAGGGUCUCCUUCGGGCUCUCAACCUGCAGGCUGAGCCACAGCUGCCUGCUGGUGUGAUAGAUAGAGUCCGUGACCAGUGGCAGAGAACAAUCGGCUUCAUUCCUCAUGCUGCAAAAAAGACGGCACCAGCUACUGAUUACUCUGUAUCGCAUGACAGUGGAAACAGAACAGGCCUGAAGUGUUGCUCCAUAGCCUCUGAGAUCUCAAUGAAAGACCUUAGCUGGGACAGCUGGGUGAUCCACCCUUUGAGCCUGACCUUUGUUCAGUGUGCCCUGUGCAACCCUGCAGAUGGCACCGUGCAAUGUCCCUCAUCCUCUUCCGGGGUCCUAGAUGCCAGCUCACAGGAUCUUUCAUCAUGUUGCCAGCCCACCGUGCAGGAAACACUGAAUAUUGUCUACAUGGAUGAAACCGGCACCAUCGUCAUUUCCCCAAUUGAGGUGAACCGCAGCUGUGGCUGCGGUCCUGGGAACGCCCCGCAGCCCAGCACAGAGUGAGCUGAAGUCUGUCCCGCAGUCUUUGGCAUGAGAUCCGAGCCACCUGGCAUAUCCAAAAUAUCUUUGUACACAGACCUGUUUUCUCAGAUGUUGAAUCACCCACCUGUACUGCCCUCUAUCCUAAAUCGUUUCUCUGUGUACUCAGGACUGAUCGUGGGAACCAAAGCAACGUCUCAGUUUUGCAUUCCUGCUGCUCCCUUAUACCAAAAACAGAUUUGUUGAGCCUGAACGUCUUGAAAAUUAGGCCCUACUUCUGGAAAAGACACAAUUGUGAUGUUUAAAAAAAGAAACAUUAUCUAGGAGAUAGGCUUCUAUAAGAAAAUAUUGUCUUUUUUUUUUAAAUCUUGGAUUUUUCAACAUUAUUAGCUGGAAAAGAAUUGUGGUUCAGAUGUCAUCUAUGUAGUUGGUGUUCUCAAGUCAUUUAUUUAUAGCUGCUAACGGUUACUCUGUGUUCCCUCUAAAAAUGUGAGAGAGAGUCUUGCCAAAUACUUGACUGGCCAGUUUUAUUUCUUAACUGAAUUGUGAGGCCACCAUGCUUUCUUACGGGAAGGAUGUUGGUUUAUUCUCAGCUGGCAAAUUCUAACCAGGGUUAGAAAAAUAAGGGUGUAAAUUUUAUAGUGCCCUGUGAAGGAUAGAUUUAAAGUCUGCACGGCUCCAAAGCUCCCAAAUUUAUUCAUCUUUCAGAAACCUUGUAAAAUUGGGAGCCUUGGUGUUUGAGGGAGCUUUAGCAAUAAAAUAAUUGUACUAUGUACCAACAACAUCCAGUAAUGUAGAACAAAGGCAAUCUAAAAUGCACGAGUAUUUAUACACUUAUCAUUAACUACAAAAGAAUUAAGAAUUAAAUUAAAGCACCAUUUGAACACACUUAAUUUAGUUAAAUCUGAUUAAGCAAACUACAAAAAGAUCAACAACAAAAACAUGGUUUUAGUCAGUACUAGAUGAUCUUAAGAAAGCAUGCAGCUGUCAAGGAAUUCUCCAUGUUUUUUAGAAUAAUUAUACUGCGGUGAUGGUUAGUCCAGAAUGCUUAUGGGAAAACAACCUACCAUUAAAACCUAGUUUUAAGGUUCACUUAGAUCCUAGCAAUAUGUAAGACUGUCCCUCCUCUGGCAAAACACCAUGUCCAGACUUUAGCUAUCCAAAAAAAAAAAAAAAAACCUCCUUGAAAUUUUUCUGAAACAAUUUUUGAUCAGUUUGAUGUCUUCACUAUUGUUGCCAGAGUUAGGGUUUGGCUUAAUGUAAAGCUUAUCUUAACUGGAAAGACACUUCUUUCUCUGUUUGAGCUCUAAUGACAAAAAUAUAUAUAUGGUAAUAUAUAUAUAUAUAUUCACAAAUUUUAAAUAAAUUUAAUGUUCUCUUCUGGGUACUUUUAAUAACUUCUCAAGUAGUGACAAUUCUUAAUGAGUUCAAAUUUUUUUUUAUUUUUUUUUUUCAAAAUUUUUAUUGUAUUUUUGUACUAACUUCACAAAGUUACCUCACAGUUUAUGUCUUUUUUUCCCACAGUGUGCAACUACUUUUAAUAAACACAUUUAGAUCCAAUGUUUAGGACUUUGCUUUGCCUUUGAAAUCAUGUGUAUCAAUUGUGUGAUUUCUUGCCCUUGAUUAUUUCAAUAAAUAAAAAAAAAAGAAUAAUUACAA